AUGCCCGGUGUCAUCAUGGACAAUGUCAACAUCGAUGGAUCUGUCCGGCGACCAGGCCUCAAUGAGGCCAGCAAUGGCGGAUCUAACUCUUUGAGGAACGUUGAUAAAAGUGCUCAGAUGUCCAGCUCCAUGAAUGGAUCAGCGCAUGUCAAUGGUACUUCAGGCGCGGUUGAUGCCUCGAAUCAAACUUCACUGGCAGGCAAGGCAGGGGGAAACGUGCCAACGACGCCCUUUGAACUCACUCACAUUACCCAAGGGUUUUUUCCAUUUGGAACACUUGUUAAUCGAUCGGUGCAACAAUGCUGGAAUGAACUCUCUGAGUUGAUAACUGAACUGGCUGCGGUUCAAGUACCUCACCAAGCUGCCUCAGGUGCAACCAAUGGAAAAGCACCCGGGAAUCAGUCAUCAGAAAAUAUUCACAAAAAAUUGCGACUCUUGGACUUUGCUCAUGCUAAGAGGGCUGAGUUUAUUAAGCUCCUUGUUCUCUCGCAGUGGAGUCGGCAGGCUGCCGAUGUAAGCAGGCUUAUUGACAUACAAGGUUUUAUUCGCACGCGCCAUCAAUCAUAUGAUGCAGCUCUUCAGUAUGUCGGCGAAGUGAAACGAGAUCUAGUUCGAGCUCAAGUCGCCAAUCCAGACCUGAAAACGGCAUUGUUGGUUCUAUCCAAGGGCCAGGUAACAUCUCUACCAGAUCUUGGGUACAGCCCCCUCAAACCCCUGACAGCACGAGCAACGCUUAAAAAGCUGCUCAAGCUCAAUCGAAUUAUCAGCGUGCGACUGGCAUUGCACGAUUCGGUUCCGCACGCACUACGACAUUAUCGGGUUCAUGAUGGUCGGGUCACAUUUACAGUUCCUGGUGAAUUUGAACUUGACCUUUCGGUGGCAGAAGUCUCAACAAUAUCACAGUUCUUUUUUGUGGACAUUCGCUUCCUUUUCUCGCCAUCAUCACCCAUUCCAGAGGGACGGAUUCUCAAUGAGCUUGAUGCCAAGAUCAACGAAAUACUCCGCAAUGACGGUUUGAUGGGAUGCUUCAACUUUUUGCAUGGUCUGGUCCUCACCAACAAAAUCAACAUUCUGUUCAGACAAGCCACGGAUCUUGCGCGCGGUCUUUGGGCGGAUGCCUUACAUAUCGAACUGCUACACCGAACACUUGUGGUUCAAUACUGGUCCCAGAGAACGGGACCCAAGAGUUGGCUGGAGAUAGGAAUUAACAGUGGUCAUCGCAGCAGCAAUUCUAGCAACUCGAUGCCUGGGACAUCACACCUCGGGUUCCGGUGGAUGCGAGACGGCCAGUUGGCUAUCAGUGAUGCCAUUCAAUUUGACACGGAUGACCUUUCCAUGGAGCGUAUCCUCAGAAGCGUUGUCGCACUACAUUCCUCACACGUUCUCUCGGCAGCCUUCACCACCCUGAAGAAGCACUUGCUUUUCUCCAAACACACUUUAUCACUGCAGGCUCAACUAUCAUCGACAGAACCUGGCGAAUGUUACCUUGAUGUUCAGCUCACAGCCUCACGAUCUGUUCGGGUCUCCAUUGAACCGAUGUCAGGGUCCAUCAUUCUCUGCGUGACACCAAAUGUACCCGAACGCCUGGACAAUGACCGGAUAGUCCACAAAUCAUCCUUCGAAGAGAUACUAACCCGUGUCUCUCGGCUUCGAUGCACUACUGCGGUGGAAGAAAUUGAGUCUGGUACCAAGGCGCUUGGCCUCGAGACACUGAGCCAGAGGGUGCUUGGACUUGACCCCCGUAAGCUGUUCCCUCCGGGUGUAAUGCGAUCCGCUUUCUUCUCCCAUCCGCUUUGGAACCGUCAAUGGGUUGCAGCGGCGACCAGCAGCAUGGAUGGUGACCGCUGGUGGCUUGUCCAACUUCGGCCAACUGGGACAGCAAGGGCAAUUCCGCCCUACAGCGGUGGUGAGACUGGCAUUUCUCUUCCUCGCGCACACGUUAUCAGCGAAAGCCUUGUUUCUGCACAGGGACGACUCGACUACACAACAUGCGCUGAGCUAGUUCAUGCUCUAACUGGAAUCUUGGCCAUUUUUGCCAAUGCAUGUUACUUGUCUGAGCUACCUGCUCUACGUUUUUUGCCACCGCUGAAAGAACUGCAAAUGCAAUCUGAUCUGAUUAUACCGGAUCUCAUUUUCAGCUACAAUCCGGCCACGCUUCCACCUGCCUUGCGAAUCGCGCUGCCUUCAGGGGUGAACAGAGAGUCACAGCUCAAAGAAAUUGUUCGGCUCGCAUUCCAGGGAGUUGAUAGCAAGAGCCGUUCCAUUAUAAUGGUAGCGCAUGGCACACUGAAAAAUCGCAUCAAAUCCCUUGUACCUCUCAUUUCAAAGACAGAUUCUUCGUUGAUUACUGAAGACAAGGGUGCUGGAUUUGCACUUCGUUUGCUCGUGCCAGCUGGACAUUCUAUUAUCGUGGGUCUCUUUGAACGCUUGCAGCGGUUCGAGUGUGUUCUCUCCAUCCUCCAGUCCCUUAUACAGAAUGGAAUGGAGCCCCGCUCGUUGUCCUUGUCCCAGAUUGCUUUUGCGUACGGCAAAGAGACUAAAUCCUCAGCCUCGUUUGACAUCGGGGUCUCGGGUCCUACUUUGUCCGACUACGUCGACAUGGCAGCUAUCUCGAAAUCCCAGCCUCUCUUCCACCUCCAAUUGGGUAUCAAAUUCGAGAGCUCCAGUCCCCACCGCCGAAUUCAAGAGGCCCUCGCAGUGGCUCUAAAUCAUCGUUUUACCGACACUGGUGUGAAAUCCAUUCUUCGCCUCAUGUCUUUCACACUCCCCCUGUUGCGCUCAUUUGAUCAAAUCACGAACAUAUCAAACCAGACGGACUCGUCAAUAGUCUACAUCACUGUGCGAGGGCCAACCGAAUAUCAAAUUCAUUAUCCUCGAGUGAACGCACGUUUUAGACUGAACAGAAUAGUGCACCAGGAUGAGCAAGUUUGGAUGUUAAGGGACGCAAACACAGACAAUCAGUUCGGUCGUGAUCAGAUCGCAAUUGCGAUACGAGAGAAGCUCUACCACUCAAAGGGCGAUGGUUGGAACGGACUUGGGGAUGGAGCUGUGGGGAUGCCUGACAAAGUCGGGAAUCUCCUGGCCGAGCUGCACCUAUGUCUCAGUUCUCCCCAUCUUGAGCUCGACAAAGAAGCCAAAGGAAAGGCAGCGGUGCCAGAACCGCUACAAACCAAAGGGCAGGUCUCUGUUUUACCAAACAAGACCGCUUCAAACCAAGCCAGUGGCCUGGGAAACACCGAUGUCAUCACCAUUGAUUAG